AAUCUUUCAGGUGCAGUACAAAGGUUCGCUUGGAUCUGUGCAUUUUUUAUUCACCGUGUGUAAUGAGCUGUGUGUGUCUCUCUGUCUCCUUCUCUUUCCUUCGAGUUUGUUCCAGUUCUUUAUCCAUUUUACCUGUACUCUUACUUUCCUCAAAUGAAACCUCUCAUGGAAUUCCUUUCUUCGGGAUUGAUUUAACUUUUUAGUCAGAGGUAGGAGCUUCAUUUUAACUUUGGGAGUUUGUUUUACUUUUAUUUUUGCAUCGCCUGUCUCUCGCUCUGCUCCUGCCUGGAAAAUGUCUAUCCCUGGCCAGCCCGUGGCUCAGUUUGCCGCCUGGGAUUAUGUCGUGUUCAUUCUCAUGUUGCUGGUGUCAGUGUCCAUUGGAGUCUAUCACGCGAUUAAGGCCAGGAGGCAGCAAUCCAACCAGCAGUUCUUGCUGGGAGGCAGGGAAAUGCGGGCAUUGCCUGUUGCCAUGUCACUCACUGCCAGCUUCAUGUCAGCUGUCACGGUGAUUGGGACGCCAUCAGAGGUCUAUCGCUACGGGGCCAUCUUCUUGGUCUUCUGCAUCAGCUACACAAUAGUUGCCAUUGCCAGUGCUGAAAUCUUCCUGCCCAUAUUCUACAGGCUCAACAUUACCAGCACCUAUGAGUAUUUAGGAUUAAGAUACAACAAAGCAGCUCGGUACAUUGGGACCUUUCUCUACAUCAUUCUAACAGUGCUGUACACUGGCAUUGUCAUUUAUGCCCCUGCAUUGGCGUUGAAUCAGAUAACUGGAUUCAAUCUCUGGGGAGUUCUUGUUGCUACGGGGCUUGUCUGCACCUUCUAUUGUACUCUGGGUGGUCUGAAGGCCGUGGUGUGGACGGAUGUGUUCCAGAUGCUCAUAAUGAUCUCGGGCUUUUUGGCUGUGAUAAUCCGAGGUUCGGUUGUCCAAGGAGGAUUUCAACGGAUCUGGAAUAUCUCUCAAGAAGGAGGCAGACUCAACUUCUGGGACUUUGACCCAGAUCCGUUAAGACGUCACACAUUCUGGACAAUUGUGGUUGGUGGGAGUUUCAUGUGGACAGCGAUCUAUGGCAUCAAUCAGUCUCAGGUCCAGCGGUACCUUGCCUGCAGAAGCAUGGGUGAGGCUAAACUAUCUCUCUACCUCAACAUGGUCGGCCUCUGGCUGACAGCUGUGUGCGCAGUGCUGAGUGGGUUGACCAUGUACUCCAUCUACUACCAGUGCGACCCAAUAGAAGCAAAGCAAGUCAGAGCUGUAGAUCAGUUGCUCCCAUAUCUGGUGAUGGAUUUUCUGGGAGAUUAUCCUGGAGUUCCGGGACUCUUUGUUGCAGCUGCAUACAGUGGGACUUUGAGUACAGUCUCCUCCAGCAUCAACGCACUGGCUGCUGUCACAGUGGAGGACAUCCUCAAACCUAACUUCACCUUGUCUGAGAAGAAACUGGCUUGGAUCACAAAGGGCCUCAGUCUCAUGUUUGGAGUCAUCUGCAUUGGAAUGGCUGCAUUAUCCUCCUUGAUGGGAGCUGUGCUCCAGGCUGCCCUCACAAUAUUUGGGGUUAUUGGAGGUCCACUGCUUGGAUUCUUUCUCUUGGGCAUGAUAUUCCCUUGUGCCAAUUCAACUGGUGCGAUAUCUGGCCUCGUUGUCAGCUUUGUGGUGACGCUCUGGGUUGGGAUCGGAGGGCAGAUCUACCCUCCGUUCGAUGAUAAAACACGGCCCCUUCCCAUCAGCACCGCGGGGUGUCUGUUCAACGUCACUGAGCCCACGGGGACUGCCACUGUAAGCACCUGGACAACAAUGAGCCAAGUUACAGAGCCGGACUUCAGACCAGGAAUCGCCAACACAUGGUAUUCACUCUCCUAUCUCUACUUGAGCCCAUUAGCAACCUUGAUUGUUUUGAUUAUUGGGCUCAUCGUCAGCUUUCUAACAGGAAAAAGCAAGCAGGAGGUGGAUGAGAGGCUCCUGAUCACGAGGAAGAGUCUGGUGUGCUAUUCCUACUUUCGCAACAAAGAUGAUCACUCAGAGGUUAAAGACGUCACGGAGAAGACACACAAGGAAGAAGAUAAGGGCCAGGAAAAUCCCGGCUUCAGUCAUCCAGAGGUCAACAGUUUUGAGAAACAGAGUCCCAUCCUAUCCACAACAUAUUUAUAGACAAUAUAUGUUUCACCUUUCAACACAAUUAUAUUGCAUGACGUAUUUCCCAAGUUGGGGAAUUUUAUUCCUUUGUAUUCCAUGUAUUCCAUGUAUUGCCUGGAACAUCUAUGAGAUGGGUUUACCGACUAUCUUAAUGAAGUUCUGCUGAGCUGUCUCACUAUCCCCCUUCACACACACCCCACUUACUGAACUAUGAAUGUUUCCACUGCAUUUCAAUGAGACAAUCCCACCAUAAACAGCUCUGAGGAUUUUUUUGGCAUUUAAUUUUAACCAACUGUUGCCUGUGAGUGAAAAGUGGAUAAAGACUUUAUUGAACAUAAAUAUUGGAGUGGAAUUAACUUGGUUGUCAACUUGCACUCAACUGCACACUUUUACAUUCUUUCACUUCAAUGCAUUGUGAGACCAAUGGCCAACAAAAAAUUACACAUUUAAUGCUGGCGCCCAAAGAUGAAUUAUUCUUCCAGCAUUUGCCAAACAACUGCCAGAUCUUCGUUUAGUUUAGUUUAGUUUAUUGUCACGUGUACCGAGGUGUGGUGAGAAGCUCUGGACACCCGCUCAAUUUUGAACACUAUUGUGCUGGCUUGUGUUGAUUGUGUCAAUGUUUAUGCGCCCAUGCACUGUUAUUUUGUGAAGAGCUUCAAAUAAUAUAACGUAAUCUAUAAUUACUAAUUGUUACUUUGAUAAUAGUCUUAAUUCAGCAUCUCUAUGCAUGGACUAAAGACUUAAAUGAGACAGGUACGUCUGGUCAAACCGUAUUAACUUCUUCUUGCGUAUGGCGUGCACAGCCUAAAGUUGUAAGACAACUUGUUCUGUUUGAUCUUCUGUUUGUGCACGCCAGGUUGAUUGCAUUCGUCGAAACAGGGUGGACCACGUGAAGGUUGCAAUCUCCCACCCCAACCGUAUUAACUAGUAGAGGAUUAUUCUACAUAAGAUGUAGUGUAAUCUGUUACUUGCCAGCCAGUCAGUGGAAAGACUAUACUGUACAUAAUUACAAUUGAGAAAACCACAGUGUAUAGCGAUUGGUUUAAAAUAGUGGAUGGAUUGUAAUGAAUGAUUACAGAUCCACUUCUGGAACCAGCACUUAGAGGGUCACCUGACUUGGGCGUCAUCUUAUGUAUUAUAAACCUCUACUGGUUAUUAUGGUUUGACCGAGGUACCUUUCUCAUUUAAGUUUUUAGUUCAUGCACCGACCGAGGUGUUGAAUUAAGACUAUUAUUAAAGUAACAAUUAGUAAUUAUAUAUUAUAUUAUUUGAAGCUCUUCACAAAAUAACGGAGCAUAGGGACAUAAGCAUUGACACCAUCAAUGCACAAACCAGCACAAACGAGUUCAAACUUGAGCAAGUUUCCAGAGGUGAGUUUUUGCACAAGUUUCUGCUCAAUUUAAUUUGUACAUCCUCACAACUUGAAAUCCUCCAGGAAGAGUACAAUCAGGCAACACUUUACAGUGUCAUUUAAAAAUACAUUUUAAAAUGUAUUAUUCAUUAAAUUUGAGUAAAAAUGUUUCAGUC